CCAGGGCCGUGGGAGUCGAGGGCCGUGGGAGACCAGGGCCGUGGGAGUCGAGGGCCGUGGGAGACCAGGGCCGUGGGAGACCAGGGCCGUGGGAGACCAGGGCCGUGGGAGUCGAGGGUCGUGGGAGACCAGGGCCGUGGGAGACCAGGGCCGUGGGAGGAUCUCAGCUCUUGAUAAAGGGCCCCUAAUUGCAGCUGUGUUGGAAGAGGUGAAAUGGCAAACCAGAGUUUUGCCAUCGACGGUCCCGGCAGCCUGCUGGCCGUGUUGGCCUCUCAGAGUGGACUGGCGAGAGGCGGCGGCGGCGGCGGCAGCAGCAGCAGCAGCAGCAGCGGAGGAAUCUCCGCCGCGGAUGUAUCGGCCUACUUUAAGCUGGUCUUCUUGGGUUUGAUCAUCUGUAUCAGCCUGGCGGGAAACCUCUUGGUCUCUCUGCUGGUCCUACGAGACAGGGCGCUCCACAAAGCCCCCUACUUCUUCCUGCUGGACCUGUGCCUAGCUGACGCCGUCCGCUCCGCCGCCUGUUUCCCCUUCGUCCUGGUGUCGGUUCACAACAGCUCAGCCUGGACCUACAGCGACUUGAGUUGCAAAGUGGUGGCUUUCAUGGCGGUGCUGUUUUGCUUUCAUGCGGCCUUCAUGCUGUUCUGUGUGGCUGUGACCCGCUACCUGGCCAUCGCCCAUCACCGGUUCUAUGCCAAACGCAUGACCAUCUGGACCUGUGCGGCCAUCAUUUGCAUGGUGUGGACUCUGGCCGUGGCCAUGGCCUUCCCGCCGGUCUUCGAUGUGGGGACAUACAAGUUCAUCCGCGAUGAGGACCAGUGCAUUUUCGAGCACCGCUACCUGAAGAACAACGACACGCUGGGCUUCAUGCUCAUGCUCGCCGUGGUCAUCUUGGCCACCCACGGCUUCUACGCCAAGCUGCUGUUGUUCGAGUACCGGCACCGCAAGAUGAAACCAGUCCAGCUCGUGCCAGCUAUCAGCCAAAACUGGACCUUCCACGGUCCCGGGGCCACAGGACAGGCUGCGGCUAACUGGAUCGCGGGUUUCGGCCGUGGUCCCAUGCCGCCGACUCUUUUGGGCAUCCGGCAAAAUUUACACAACCAACACCGGCGGCUGCUGGGGAUGGAGGAGGUGCGGUCGGAGAGGAGGCUGGGCAGAAUGUUCUACACCAUUACCCUGCUCUUCCUGGUGCUCUGGGCUCCCUACAUAGUGGCCUGCUUCUGGAGGGUGUUUGUCAAGUCCUUCGCCAUCCCUCACCGGUACCUUUCCAUCACCGUGUGGAUGAGCUUCGCCCAGGCCGGGGUCAACCCCAUCUUCUGUCUGCUCCUCAACGAGGACCUGAGGAAAGUGCUGCGAGCUCACCUGCCCACCUACUGGAGGACUAAACAACACCUGCCCCAGGAUGAGGCCUACUGCAUCAUGUAAUGCCGCACGACACGGGAUCGGCCGAGGUGACCUUAAAGACGGGGGGAAUGUUCGACGUUUGGAAAAACGGGAAGUCACGUAACGCGCCUUGAUCGGCGAGGCGGGAGUCUGCGGAGGAACGAGGACGGCGGCGCCAUUUCAUUUAGAACGUCUCGGUGUUUGAAUCAACGGGGUUUGACCGUUUCCGGGCUGUGGCAGGUGGAAACUAGUCUGCGACGGGGGCAAAGGAAACGCCCCGGGUGGCACUUGGACCGAUUCCCUUACCAAUUCCCUCAGCUGCGAGAGACCACGACCGAGAUCGCAGCAGCAAUCCCCACGCAGAGUCAGUCGGACUGACGUCAUUACGGCGAACCGGAAACAAUGUUGCCUUACUUGAGGAAGGACACGCCCACAGCGCUGCGCUGAGAACCGGCCCGUGCGUCACACGGGACCCGGGGCGGACAGAGGGUUCAGGCCCCCUGAACCCUCAAACGCGCCGAUGGACCGCUGAUAAAGGACGUUGUUCAGCGUGCGGCUCACACACCGACUGGACUCUCGGGCUCUGGAAGGGAUUCGCCAAGCACCCCGGAGGACGCCUGUUCUGUUGCUUCCCUCUCUCCGAGGCACCGGAGGGGGCGCUGCAAAACACGGAGCCAACACGUUCCCCUCCGGUCCGUUUAAACAGCCGCGCUGAACCCAGACCCCUGACCCGUUUGGUUUUGUUCGGACCGGCUUUGGGCGUGUCGGGGUCAUUUCUAUCGACAGCGACAUAAGAGAAUAAUUAUUGCCUGUUUUCCUUGAUUUGUAAGUAAGACACGCUGAGCAGAUGACACUAUUUUGAAAUAU